GAUGCAACUGACACGUCAAAAAAUCAGAGAGAGGAAGAUCUGCGUGAAAUUUUUGGUGCGGCAAAGCUCAUAAUUGUGGGAAAAAUCGGGAAAAAGCGUGAUUUAAUAUGAAUAGUAAUUACCUGAUAGUUGCAUGUAUUGUAAUUUGCAUUGCCUCAGCUCCCGCCAAUGGGUACUUUAUCACAGUUGAUGCUCAUUCCGAGGAAUGUUUCUUCGAUCGUGCUGAGGCUGGAACGAAGAUGGGUUUGAUCUUUGAGACAGUCGAAGGGGGCUUCUUGGACAUUGAUGUCCGCAUUACGGAUCCAGAGGGUAAAAUCAUCUAUCACGGUGUCCGGGAGUCAUCCGGCAAGUACACGUUUGCAGCACACGUUAGUGGGGCGUACCAGUACUGCUUUAGCAAUCAAAUGUCCACAAUGACCCCGAAGGUUGUCAUGUUCUCCAUGGAAGUUGGGGAGACACCCAAGACAAAUGGUAGCCAGGGCGGAGCCCCAGGUGCCGAUGGAGCGGACGGAGAUACGAGUCACACGAAGCUCGAUGAUAUGAUCAAGGAGUUGUCCGGAACACUCACCAGCAUUAAGCAUGAGCAGGAGUACAUGCAUAUGCGCGACCGAAUUCACCGGAACAUCAAUGAGAGCACAAACUUCCGUGUCGUCAUCUGGUCCACAUUUGAGGCUCUCGUCCUCAUUGUGAUGACAGUCGGUCAGAUUUACUACUUAAAGCGUUUCUUCGAAGUGAGGCGUGUGGUGUGAGUUAGAGGAAAGAAGUUUUUUUUUUCUUUGGCGGUAUUUAAUUUACAAACAAAAAGAAAAUUAAGAAAAAUUAAAAAAGAAAAUCUGUGAAGAAA